GGGAGACACGACUCAACAGUUACCACAGGAAACGGAAGAGACCGACAGACAGAAGUCAUUUCAAAACCCCGGGGCCGAGUAGAAGAAUCACUCUGUGUGCGUUUGCAGGGUUCUCCUCCUCCAAAACCCUUAUCAGCCGCUCCUUACCUCUCCUGCUGGCUCCUUCUUCUCCUUGUUUCUCUGUUUGUGGCAAACAGCCCCCACCCUGACCUCCAGGAGAAGAUCUCUUCAACAAAAAGAGGAGAUGCCCCCGCAGCCACAGGUGAAGAGAAGUUUCCUGGAAUUCCUCAAGAGUUUUAUCGGGAUUGUACGGGUCCUCCAGAUCCUCCUGGGAGCCGGGCUUUGGGUCACCAUCGCAGCCAACAAGUAUGAGGGCUCCAUUCACUAUGUGCUGUUUGUGGCCGUGCUUUUCUGGUUCCUCACGUUAGCUGUCUUCAUCCUCACGCUUCUGGACAAGCAGGACCUCGUUCCCAUCGUCGGAGGAGAACGCUGGUUGUUAAGCAACGUCAUCCACGACGUUGCCGCCACUCUGCUGUAUCUGUCCACCAUUGGGAUCAUGAUCUACAAA